AUUUUUUACGAUUCUAGGGGAAUACCCGACCACUGCAACUAAUUCAAUUUAUUCCAUAUUUUACCAUCUAAAACUAAGUGCUUAUUAAUUUCAAUAACAGUUGUCGACUAGUAACCUGGUAGACAGUGUUUGAUGAUUAAAAUGGAAUUUCGUCAGGAAAAUAAUCAUUCCGGUAAAUAUAAUAUAGAGCGGAAUGAAUUGAAGGUAAUUGAUAAUUUUAUUUACAAUUUUGAAUCUACAUAUGGAACUCGUCAUGUGGCAUUUGCACGAAAACCUUUUCGCCAUGUAAUUUCAGAAAGUAUAUUUUCACCAGCUGAAACAUGGCGCGUUAUAGCACUCUAUUUACAUCACGGCAACGAUUCGUUCGCACAGAACUGGUGCAAAAACCUUGUAUCAAAAGAAACUGUUACACUAUUGGAAGAAUGCUUCUGUGUCUUACCGUGGGACAUUUCUAAUCCUUUGUAUCAUGAAUCCCUUAAAAAGACAUUGGCAAAAAAUUUGAAGAAUUCCUUCUAUGAUUUUUUUAAAUAUCAAAAGUCUGGAGUAAUAUUCAUUUUACAACUAGAUGGAAUUCCUUCUGUAUUUUCAAUUCUUGAAGGAAAUAUUUCCUCUGAAACCAUUUUAUAUACUCUCAGGAACAUCAAAGAAGUUUUAAGGACAGUGUCUGCUGAAUUUCAACAAUCGUGUGAGACAUAUGAAGAAAAUCAAUCAAACAUUGGAUCAGACGGUUUCCAGCAAAACAUGUACGAAUUGUUAGGAGAUCGAGAUUAUGACUGUUUUGAGUAUAACCAAUUGGAUGAACUUAAAAAGAAAAUUGGUUUUGCUUUAUUUGGAGCUCCUCAGGAAAAUGGUUAUACUGAAAAAGGACUUCAGCAGAUUGACACUAUUUUCAAAAGGAUUAUUAAUGAAAAUAUGUAUGCUAGGUAUAAAGAUCAAGUUAUUAUUUCCUUUAUAUUUAAUUGCACUGAGCCACUGCCAGAAGAAAAAAUUAAAAAAAAGGAGAAGAACACUGAGUACAACCCAGAUGGUGAUAUAGGGCCAGUACCCAUUUUCGUAAUAAAAAAGUGCUAUUCUUCUAUACGUGAUCGUGGCUGUCGUAUAUUUAUUGACCAUGAAAGUAGAGUUUAUACAAGUUGGAGUCAAUACAUAAAUAAUAACAGAUUGGAUAAGUGCAUAAUGGUUUUACCCAAAAAUGGCCGUUACAGGGGCGAUGAAAAUGGGACUGUAUUACUUGAGAAACAUAAGUCACCAGCAUGUCGAUUUGGUGCCAGAAUAGUCAGAGCUGCUGAUAUGUCAGCCAGUGGAGUAGGUCUGGCAACUGGAGGUGUUCUAAUUGCAUCUGCCAUUCCCGCUAUUACUGUUGCUCCAUUUGUUGUAACAGGCGCUGUUGCGGCUGGUGCUGCAGCAGGCGCAUUUUCUGUUGGUCGAAGUGUCAUGUCCCUUAUAGAUAUGAACAACCAUAAGCAGGAUGUAAAUGUAAUAAGGAAUGAAGAAGCUAGGAACGCUGCUCUCAAUAUUGCCGCUGGAAGUAUAGGGGUUCUAGGAAGUGGAGCUACAGCCGUUUUGUCAGAAGCAGUAUCAAGAGGAGUAAAUGUCGGACAAGUGGGCCAAGGAGUUGUAAACACAUUAAAUGUAACAAACCUAGCCAUCGGAGCAACAGCUCUUGGAAACUCCAUGUAUUAUGUUUACUUCAGUUGGAGAAAUGGAGAAGAAAUAUCAACGUUAACAACUCUUCAGCUAGCGACAUCGGCUUUAUUCUUUGUAAACUCUGUUUACAACUUUAGAACUGCUGCAACGAUUAUAGAAGAAAACCAAACAAAUGUCCUAAAUCAAAUAAAAAGCGAUUUGCGAAGCAAUAAACACAGAAAGAUGUUUGAUAAAAUGCACAAGGAAACCAUCCGAAUGAACGGCGGCAAUAGACAGGCAGGUAACGCCGAUGUUAUUUCAACUAUCCGCAACAUACCCAACAAGGAUGAAAUAUUUGGAAUCCUUAAGGCCAAUAAUAAAUUAUUUAAUAAAAAGGGUGUUAAGUUUUCUGCAUCCGGAUCAAAGAUACUGUUGAAUGGUAAAGCUUUAGACUUGGGAUCGUUUUCCAUCCUAUCGAAGCCCCAAAGAUUGGAAGUCCUUUCAGAAAUGCCGGCCACUCCUGCUCCACUAGAAGUUAACGUAACUUCCUCUGCUUCAUUUUCGAUUGAUAUUAUUAAUAGUUUGAGUAGGAACGACUUUGUAAAUUUAGUAUCUUUUGGUGCUCGUCUAUAUACUGAUUCAACAUCACUUAAUCAUGCCUUGCAAAUGACCUUGCGCGAAUUUUCUCAAUGUAUAAAAGAAAAAGUUCUUGCAAUUGCAAUGGCAAUUGUAAACGAGGCGGUAAAUAUAGGUAUUGAUAGUAUUCAAAAUUUGCUUCCGUCCGUCUCUGAACCCAUUAUUGUCGUUAUAAACGUUGUUAAAACAUUUGCUCAGAAUUGGGCAGAACAAUAUAGAAAUGAAUAUGAAGAAAGCAAACGUCGGGCACAAGGAAAUCCCUAUUUUGACGCGGAUGAAUUUGAUGAAAUGUACGGUAUACAUCCAAACACGAUUGACAAAAGUUUGUAUUUUUGCGAAGUCGUCAUUGACAUAAUGGUUUCCAAGGGUAAAGUCAUACCGAUAUACUUGGAACAAGUUUUUGACUAUUUUAUGGAAUUGAUCACAGCAAAACUUGUAAUGGAUAAUCAAGAUGUACGAAGGGAACAGGAGCAAGAGCGACGUUACGUAUUACAACGGAUACAAAGAUCAUGCAAACAAUGUAGGGGACAUUAUUUUGUUGACGAAUAAUAUUAUUCACGUCUCUUUGAUUAUACUAAAGAAAGCGCAGCUGACUGACGUAAUACAGUUUAUUGUUUCGUAUUUGUAAUAUUCCGCAGAAUAAAACAAAAAGAAUG